AUGCCCACAGUCGCGCUCGAAAUCGGCUUCCAUAACAAUCGAACCCUGGGUGCCAAAACCAUUAGUGCGGGGCCAAUCCAAAAUUGGAUGGCCAAGGCUGCUGGAUGUAGCGAGCGUACUAUCACGCAUAUCCGCAAAACCUACGGUUGUUUGGCAGUGUUAGUCCGCCUCCAAUCCGUGCUAAGCCGGCCCAGAAGUAUUACGCCUCCGAUGCUUGACGCCCUUUGUGACCACCUCACCGAGAAACCCGGCCUAUACGUUGAUGAGAUGGUCGUCUUUCUUCAGGACGAAUUUGAUAUACUAACAUCGACAGCCAGCGUCAAACGGGCCCUUUGUUGCGCGGGUUGGACCAAAAUGAAAGCUCAACAGAGAGCAAAAAAGAGCAGAACCCGGAGCUUGGUACCAGACUACCUGCAUAGACUGUCCGAAUUUAGUUCAUAUCAUCUGGUCUAUGUCGAUGAAUCUGGGAUAAAACAGAUAUGCUUCGAUGCUGGUGUGAAACUACUAUAUUUGCAACUGUAUUCACCUGAUCUGAGCCCAGCAGAGGAAUUCUUUGCUGAAUUGAAGGCUUACAUCAGGAAGAACCGGUCAUUAUAUGACGAGGAUCCUAGACAGGGUUUUGGUGUUUUCCUUCAACAAUGUGUUGAUGUCGUCGGCGCGAGAAUAGAGAGUGCGGAAGGCCACUUUCGAAGUGCUGGUGUAUCAAUCGAGACAUGUUGUUUUGAAUAG